AGCAUUCCUUCGUCUUCACAUUUUUGUGCAAAGCUCCAUGCGAAACCUGCCCGCCCGUAGGGCUGAACCCGCAUCCGCCGGGACCGUGGCACUGCAAUAUUACCCUUCUUCUCCGGCUGUCUGCCUGCGACAUGCCUCCGCUUUCUUUUUUAUUUUGACACGAGCCGAACGCGCGCCGUGAGACAUUGCUUUCCUAGAUACCUAUAGCCCCCCCCCCAGCCCGCCUCUGCUGCACCCCGCCCGCCUCUCAGAUGCUCCCACGUCUGUAUGCCCGCCUGGCUCUCUGACACGUCCACUGCAAGCGCCUGAAACAGGGCUUCCCCGGGCAGUGCAACAAGAGCGAAACUCUCACGACCCACUUCGUCUUUCUUUCCUCAGUUUCAUUAUUAUUUUACUCCGCAUCAUGAAUAAUUCCGCCGUCUCCUUCAGCCUGUUCCCCCCGCCAUCGCCGCCCCAGCAGCAGCGUGGGGAUCGCCUAGUCCCACUUCACCCCGCCCCAUCCGUCUCUACGCUUGGCCAUUUGGGGCUGGUCAAGGGCCAGCGCGACGGUUACCGAUCCGAACUCAAACUCCACGAGUCCGCCGCCGUCCAGACCAAGCAGCAUGUCAGCGCGUUACGGAAGCUGGCCUUCAGGCUCGCCGUCAACAUCUCGCUCAAGGAAACAAAGAUAGCCCAGUCGGCUCGCACCCUCGCACAGUCGAGGAACAACAGCUAUAUCCACAGCCGGAAACACGAGUCUCGGAUUGCCGAGCUGCAGAAGACCCUUGCUCUGCACGAGCAGCGGAACAAGGACCUCUUGAAGAACCUUGAGCAGGCCGCUCAACUGACCAUCCAUGCAAAAGCAAACCGCCUGUCCCAAUUCGGUCCGUCUCUUCCAACACCCACUGGUCGCCCGCUCUCUCCACCUCUAUCUCCCCCACCAUCCCCACCCCGGCGGAUCUCCAGCAUAACCCCGCAAACCCACGCAAGGAGACCCUCGCAAGACGUAAUAGCGGACCUGGUUGAAGUGCGAACAGCCAAUGAGCACCUCAUCAAAGCAAAGAAGGAGUCGGACCAUGCGCUGCUCCUCUGCCGAACACGCAUAACGGCUCUGCAGGAAGACUGCCAGCAAAGUGAAGACAAUUUCCGCGCUCUGUCCAAAGAUAAGACCUCGCUCCAGGAUUUAUUAGAAGAAUAUAAGGCCAGAGUGGAAGGCCUGGAGGCCGAAAAGACGCGACUCGAAGGGGAGUUGAAGAUCACUCAAGAAAAGCUCGCCGCAUCAACCAAAUCCGAAGGGAGUCUUUUGGCAGAACUGAAAGUGCACAAGGAAAGGAUAGCUGCUUUGGAGAACGAAUGUCAACAAAGCAGAGGCCGGAUCAGCGAGCUCGAGGAGUCUUGGUCUUCUGUUGAGGAAGACCUUUCUGAGUGCAAGCAGGAACUCAAGUCGUUGGAGAAAGAGCGCAUCGCUUUGCAGGUCGAGCUCCAAUCUGCACGCAAGGAUUUGGCCAUUUCCGAGAGAUCUCAAUCACAGCUGCAAUCUAGCAUCGCCUCCAAAGAAGCCACUAUCACAGAGCUCCGCAAAGAGCUUGAAACCAGCCAAACGAAUGUCGACGCUCUCAACAAGACGAUCACACAUUUCGAAGAUGCGACCCGCGAACUCUCGUCCAUUAUAUCCGAUGCUGGCGGCUCCAUGGCCAUCCUUGAGAAGCAGCUCGAUGCCGCUGUGGCGACGAAAACCGCCAUGGAGAAAGACAUCCGCGACGUGACCAAAUCAAAGGAAACGAUCGAAGAAAGUCUCAAAUCUGCAAUCGAAGCAAAAACUUCCCAGAACUGGGAGUUUCAGGAGAUGGAAAACUCCAAAAACCGCAUGCAACAGGAACUGCAAAGGACACGGUCAAAGCUUGAGCAGUCGACUAACUCGGAAAAGUCACUCAAGGAACAGAUUCAAGGCCUGGUCAAGUCCCGACGCGAGCUCCAAGACCAGCUCCGGGAAGCACUCCGGACGCUCGACGAAGAAGAACGCAAGAACCCUCAGGCUGCCCAAGAGCUAGAGAAGCUCAGAACAUCCAGGAACGAUCUUGAGUACAGCUUACGUGAGCUCAAACACCAGACUGGAGACCUGCGCGAUGAACUUCGAACGACUCAGUCACAGCUCGCUUCGGCUGAAAAAUCAAAGGCCGACCUUAUGGCUAGUUUCGAGGCUUCGAGGGGCGACAUUCGCAAGCUGAGACUGUCCAGAGCCCGCGCGGAAUCCAACCUGAGCACGGCGCUGAAAUCUAGAGCAAGCCUCGAGGCCAGCGCCAUUGCUAACAGGACCAGGAUUCUCGUUGCAGAAACCAACGAGGUCAACCUGCAGGCCAAGCUUUCCGCAGCCGAAGACGAAGUCGAACUGCUCCGCCGGACGGUGCAGGACGCCAAGCAUUCGGAGGUGAAACUGGAGGCUCGUAUUGCUGUGGCUGAAGAGGAGCUCGAGGCUGUCAAGAGUGCGAACGCUCAUCUCGAAUCCUUCCUGGGCGAUGCUGCAGCUGGCAUGGGCGAGUCCAAUGCCAAGUUGGAUGCCGCUGAGAAGAGCAAGGCUCAAUACCAGAAGAAACUCUCCGCGACCGAAGAGCAAAUCCGCCAACUCCAAGAAACAAACACCAGCCUUUUCUCCGAGAUUGAGCAAAAGGACCACGACAUCAAGGAACUUCGCACCCAAGGAUCAACCCUCAGCGCCGAGAUCCGUUCAAAAGACAAGUGGAUCAACGACCUGCAACGGACAAACUCCAACUUUGCGGAGGGCGUCGAGGCCGUCGAGUACGAGCUGCGCAUUCUGCGUGACACUAAGGCUGCUUUCGAGUAUGUGGUGAGGACCCUUAAGGACAAGGUGCCUGACCUUGAGAUUCUGGACGAGUGGUGCCUGCCCCCUGGCCCCGAAAAGCCUCUCCCAUCCCGACCGCGCCUAGGCCGCAAGUCGACCAGUGAGUCCGUCGAGCGGCCGCCAACGGCCGCCUCGUAUCGCUCCAACGAUGAAGAACUCGAGACGUGGGCCCACGAAGUCGAACGUGUACGCAUGCUUAGGGAGGAAACAGUGUUUCAGCUCAAGGAUCUUCACAAAUCGGAAGCGGCACUGAGAAGGAACCUCAAGGCCAGCGAGGCUGAGCUUCAACGAUUGGGUCACCACUCGGCACAAGCAACGCCGCCACCACCCAAACGGUCUUUCGUCCAAAAAGCCUUCCGCAUCUUCCAAUGGAGCCCUUCUCACAAGUCCAAGUCCUGGGCCGAGCGCAGACGCCCCAAUCUCGCGCCACGCGCGUACACAGAGCCACCUCUCCCCGCAAUUCCGCCACCCUCCCCUCAACCCGCCAGCGCGACGAGCCUACAAGAUACCAACAAUGCCGUCGAUGACGGCGUUGGCGUAUGGGACAUGGAGACACGCACAUGGACCACGCCCGGCGGGGUCGCAUCCCGCUCACAGCAACACACCCCCGCGCGCACGCCAUUACCCUCCUCUCCGACAGGCUCGCAGCGCUCGCAACGCUCCGGGCGGCCCUCGUUCGGGUCUCGCGACUCACAGAGCCCAAACCACAGCCUUGGCAAGCCACCGGGCACAUCGCCGGGACCCACGGACCGCAAAAACAGCCACGCCUUCCAUUUUGGCUUUCGGCCCGCGACGGCACGCAGCGCGAGCGUCACGAGCGGGAUGACGGGGCUGUCGUCGGGGAACAACUCGACGGGCGUGCCAGCGGUGCCGCCCGUGCCGCCCGUGCACCACGUGUCCGGGCCCGGGUCGUUUGACGCGGAGAAGAAGACGUGGGGGAGCCGGUUCAAAAAGGGCAUGGGGCUUUGACGUCUAGCCUGGUCUGGCCGGCCCAUGAAGUGGAGUGGUCCCGAGCGCGCGAGUCGCGCCACUUGAUGCGGAGUUGGGAGAGAUGAUACCAUACCUGCCUGCCAUACCUUUGAAGAUAUCCCUGCAGCACAGCACAGCACAUUUAUUCGCUCGUUUUUUCAUCGUCAUAUACGACAUCUAUUUCCUUUGUUACCAUAUAUACACACACAUACGCGCAUGCACAUACGCAGACCAAGGUCUGGUCGGUAGGCACAUCAUAGCGUUAGCACACGUAGUCAGACUUUCUUUGCAAAUGAAAGCAUUGGAGUUGGCUGAGGCGAAGCCACGUAUUUCGUCGUUUUCAGACAGUUGUCCUAUGCUGAGUGGUUGUUGAUCAAUUAACGGGCGGCCAAUGCCAGGAGUAGCGG